UGACAGUUGAUUGAUAACAAGAGAAGUCAAGAAAAACCCCAGAAAUUUGAAGCCGUCAAUCUGUUGGUUAAUAUAUCUUGGCUCAAUCUCCUAUUAUGCUUGUUCUGUGUGCCUAAGUGAGCCAACCACUCGAAAAGCAUGAAUUCGGAGGUUGAGUGCUACAUCCGGACCAAUGUCACCUGGAACAAACUCCCCGAGUCUAUCAAACAGCAACUGGGUCAUUCGCAAAAGGAGUAUGAAAAGGGUGUGGUCACGUUCAGUGUAAAGAAUCAGAUCCGAUUCAAAGGAAAUUUAAUUCGGCAAGUGCGGAAGGAUGAAAAGAAGUACUACGAAGACCUUUUGGCCUACGGUCGCCAGAGUCUGAUGCUAUUUCCAUACCAUCUCUCGGACGUGAUCAUCAAGGGACUCAUGGUGUCUCCAUUUGAAUAUUACAUCGCCAUUUUGGAGACGUUGAUGCAACAAGAAAAAAGCUACGACUCCUUGCCCAACUUCACUGCAGCAGAUUGUCUGAGGCUCUUGGGCAUUGGUCGGAACCAAUAUAUUGACUUAAUGAACCAAUCAAGGUCGACCAAGAAGUUUCCCUUCUUUCGGAAGAGUGGCAAGGAUCUCUUGCCAACCAAACCGGUGCAAAACAUUCCAAUCUUGCCAUGGUGGAUCCUCCAAGUGGGUUAUGUCACCGAAGAAGACAUGAAGAGCGUCGAAAAAGCUGAGCAUGCUGUGAUCGAUCAGCUCAUUGAUCGAGGAUCGUGUCCAGCAGGACAUGUGGAUUUUCCGGUGGUACUCGAACUGUACAGGAAGGGGUUGGUGUACUUUGAUGUGCCCGUGGAGGAGAACGAUUACGUGAUUGUUCCUCCUUUGGAAGGUUUCGUGAUGAAUCGAGUCCUUGGCGAUUAUUUGGAAACCCUUCUCUAUAAGAUUUUCGUAUCCAUCGACGAAAACACGCCUGUGGUUGAGCUAGCCAAUGUCUUGGAGAUUGACGUCAAUUUGGUGCGAGAUGCAGUGUCGUUGUAUUGCCGUUUGGGGUUCGCCAAGAAGAAGAACAGUGAAAUGGACUCAAAUGACGUUCAUCCCUCAUGGUACGAUCAUCUCCAUGGAACCACGGUGGCCAUGACCGUGGAUCGUCCUCGCCGGAUCUCCGUGAGCUCGGAUGAAGACGACAGCUUGCUUAAGGAGCUCAAUCAAGCUCUCGAGACGGACACCGAGAGCUUCACGGAUGACUUUGUCAAACCCACACGCGAGGAUUUGGAAUCUGGAUCGCUGCACAGUGAGGCCGAGUCUCAUCCCGGAAAUGGUGGAUCCAGCGGAGGAGCCAAGAAGAUCGCGUUCCUCUUUGAUUCCACUCUCACGGCAUAUCUUAUGAUGGGCAAUCUGAGUCCGGGUCUCAAAAGUCAUGCUGUGACCAUGUUUGAAGUGGGCAAGCUCUCAGAUGAGAGUCUGCCCAGUCUGGUGAUCGAACUGGAGAAGGUAUCUGAUGUUGAUAGCGAAGGAGAAGCUGCUCGGUAUUUCUCGCAUGCGUUCACACUCCGUGAUACCAUUCAGUUCCUCCGUCAAAAUUCGGAAUUAAGCUCCAGCAAUCCGGAGGAAAAUAUGUGCUUGGGAUUGGAUUUGAUACGUUGUGAGAGCCUUCAAAGUCUCGAUCCGUCCACAGCUGCUCGAUUGUUAAAGAAGAAUUAUUCUCUGUUAGUCUCCAUGGCCCCCUUGUCAAAUGAAAUUCGACCGAUGACUGGGCGUUCCCCGCCUCAUUUAGGUCCGGCAAUUCCCGAAGUCUCGUCCAUUUGGUUUAAGAUGUUUCUUUACCACAUCACAGGCAGUGGACCACCUUCCCUACUUUUAGCCAAAGGUACGAGGAUCCGUCGUCUCCCCGAGCUCUUCCAUGGUUGCAAUCGUCUCCUUGUAACCUCGUGGGGUCACGACCCGAGUGAAAUCCCCAUCUCUGGUGCUUUGACCAUGCUUCUGGAUGCCCUCCAACAUUCGCCCAUUCUCGUCCAAGGCCUUUGUCCCAAUGGGUUCAAUCAAGCAGUCACGAAAACAAUCGCAUUUCCAUUCUCAGACAAAGAUUCCCUGAAUAGCUUCCCCUGGUUAAACAAAUUGGGCGCUCAAGUGGACUUGGAACAUUCCUGUGGUUACGUCACUUUCCUGAACUUUCCCAAUGAGGGCCCGGAUCACUUUGAUCCCUCUCCUCAAACGCCUACGAAUAUCAACGAAGGGACCACCUCUAUCCUGGAGGAAGAAUUGGAUAACAUCGAUCAUCCCAUGGCCGGAGGAAACCCGGACCAAAGAAAGGAGCGGGUCAAGAACCUUGGCUUAGAACUGCAAAACCCGUCAUCGGAACUUCCAACCCAAGAGCAUUGGUGUCUCUUAGAUCUUCAUUUGGGGGUGCCUCUGUUUGAUCCGACUCUGAAUAAAAACAUCUGUCAAAGAAUCGUUGACAAGGGUCUGUGGCGAAAAGAGAGUCUGGAGAAGUUGACCGAUUCUAGUCACGGGUUGUGCAAGCAUCUCUUGGAUUUCAUCGGCGAGCAUCAGGAUUUAACGAUUGUAAAGAAUUUGGAUGACAUUGCCAAUCGGUCUGAUAUCACACAUCCCACUCGAAACUUGUUUUUCAAUGGAAGUGCGCUCGAAGAUUGGAACGGGCGUUGAUAAAAUUUCUGGUCUGCACCGUUGGAGGACCCUUUGAACUUGCAUUUCUUGUGAUCACCAUUACGAUUCCAUGUUUUUAUUUCUUGAUUCCCCCCCGUUUCAGUUUACACGCCUAUGAUUGAAUGAUAUAUCAGCCCUCUCUAUGAAUAGUUGUUAAUGCACGUUAAUAAAUUAUUCCGCAUUUA